UUCUACCUCAACAAGACAGAUGUGGUUGAUUUCCCUCGCUUCCCGCACCGAGGUCUGCUCCUUGACACCUCUCGCCAUUUCCUGCCUUUGAGAAUCAUCCUGGAGACCCUGGACGUCAUGGCGUACAACAAAUUUAACGUGUUCCACUGGCACAUCGUGGACGACCAAUCGUUUCCGUUCCAAAGCAUGGUGUUCCCGGAUCUCAGUUCGAAGGGCUCCUAUAACUCGGCCACUCACGUAUACGCUGCUGCUGAUGUGAAUAUGGUGAUUGAAUACGCCCGGUUGCGUGGAAUUCGAGUGAUUCCAGAAUUUGACACCCCUGGACACACUCGCUCUUGGGGGCCAGGUGUCCCAGGCUUAUUGACUCCAUGUUACGUGUCCACAAAACCCAGCGGGACCUACGGGCCAGUCAACCCCAUCCUCAACUCCACUUACCAAUUCAUGGCUUCGUUUUUUGCUGAAGUUAGCGCCAUCUUCCCAGAUUUCUACCUUCACCUGGGAGGAGAUGAGGUGGACUUCACUUGCUGGCACCGCAGAACAGAAAAAACUGGUUAUUGGGGGGGAAGCCUGCAUGUGGGGCGAAUACGUGGAUGCAACCAAUUUAACCCCCAGGCUGUGGCCCAGAGCUGGAGCUGUUGCUGAGCGUUUGUGGAGCAACAAGACAGUUCGAAACCGGGAAGAUGCUUACGCCCGCUUGUCAGAUUUCCGCUGCACAUUGCUCAGGCGAGGUAUUCAGGCCGAACCCCUUUAUACAGGAUUUUGUGAAUUUGACACAGUUUGAUUUUACAAUCACUUCCCCCUCCCUCACCGCAAAUAUCUGUUUUAAUAUGUGCGGGGAGAAUCUUUUUUUUUAAAAAAAAAAACCCAAAUAUUUCAAUAAAUCAGUUCCCUAUUAUUUGAAGCCUUUUUUGAAAAGAAGAAGAAGAAGAAGAAGAAGAAGAAGAAGAAGAA